AUGGAGCACCCGUCGAGCGCGAAUUGGAAGGCUCACAAGAAGGCCGACAACCUUUUCAAGCCUUACGAUGUCCUCGAUGACACCGCAAAGGCUGGUGUGAUCGGUGCUCUCAGUGGUCUCUUCCUCUCCUCCGUCAAGAAUGCCAUGGCCAAGAACAAUGUCGGCAUCUUGAGCGUCUUCACCCGAGGUGCUCAUAUCAUCGGUAUCGGAGCCGCCGCCCCCGCCGCAUAUGUCUUCGUUUCACGAAGCUCAAUGAACCUCCGCGAAAAGGACGACCCCUUCUCUGCUGCUCUCGGUGGCUUCGCCCUGGGUUCAGUUCUCGGCCUUCCCACAAGACGAAUGCCCGUUGUUAUGGGACUCGGUGGUGGUCUCGCAGUCUUCCAGGGCAUGUUCCACUACCUCGGCGGCCGAUACGAUAGCUUCAAGAGAGAGGACGAUGAGUUCGAGCGCAAGGAGAUCAUCCGACGAAGCACCCGACUGCCAAUUGAGCAGACUAUUUCAGAAGUUGGCGAGGGCCGAGGCAUCCGACCUCCUGGAUAUGAGGAGCGAAGGGCAGAGCGACUUAGUGCGAAGUAUGGUGUUGAGAUCAACCCUAUUAAGGCGACUGUCGAGGGUAGCCAAUAA